AUGAAGUUAAACAUAGCGUACCCAGCCACGGGUUGCCAAAAGGUUUUGGACAUUGACGACGACAAAAAACUGAGGAUUUUUUACGACAAAAGAAUGGCGCAGGAAGUUGAAGCGGAUGCCUUAGGUGAUGAAUGGAAGGGUUAUAUUCUUCGAAUAACUGGUGGAAAUGAUAAAGAAGGCUUUCCAAUGAAGCAAGGUGUGUUAACAAAUAGCAGAGUACGACUUCUUUUGUCGAAAGGGCAAAAAUGCUAUAGGCAACGACGUGAUGGUGAACGUAAGCGUAAAUCAGUUCGUGGAUGUAUCGUUGAUGCUAAUUUAUCAGCUCUCGCUUUAGUCGUUGUUAAAAAAGGUGAAAAAGAAAUAGAAGGCUUGACAGAUACCUCAAUUCCGAAAAGGCUUGGACCGAAAAGGACUUCAAAGAUUCGAAAAUUGUUCAAUCUUUCUAAAAAUGAUGACGUUCGUAAAUAUGUAAUACGUCGUAUACUUCCUCAAAAGAAUGGUAAAAAACCUAAGAGCAAAGCGCCAAAAAUCCAAAGACUUGUAACACCUGUUAAAAUGCAGCGCAAACGUCAUCGCAUUGCUAUGAAGAUAAAACGUUCGGCAAAACGCAAGGAAGAAGAAGCCCAGUAUCAGAAAUUAUUAACAUUAUACACUAAAGAAAAAAUGGCAGAGAAAUUGGCCCGCAGACGUUCAUCCGCAUCUCAUCGUGAUUCUGAAUCUACUCGUCAUAAUAGAAGCAGCAAAUAA